CCCGACAAAGCAAGAAAGGACGAUCUCGGAAGAAAGGUGUGGUUGGCUGACACAAGCCACAAGCGAGGGGGGGGAGAUUUACUAGGAAGGAAGAUUGAGAAGGGAGCCAUAAAGAAGUGGGGAGAGUUGGACAAGAGGGUAACGAGGCAAGGUAUGAAUUCUUAUUUCGCAAACCCGUCGCUCUCCUGCCAUUUAUCCGGCGGCCAAGAGGUUCUGCCCAACGUGCCAAUCAACUCCAGCACCUAUGACACAGUCAGACAUUUCUCGUCGUACGGCGCCGCUGUGACCCAGAACCAUCGGAUAUACGCACCUUUCUACUCCCCCCAAGACAACGUGGUGUUCGGCUCCGGACGGGCUCAGUAUGACUACGGCUCCAACGUCUUCCUGCAGGACAAGGACGUGCUGCCCAGUUGCAGGCAAUCGAACAUGGGACUGAACACCACACAGAGCCACAUUGGCCAAGACUACGCUCUGGAGCAAGGCAGGGCGGCCCAGGAGCAGAAGAGCAACAUCCCGAUCUACCCGUGGAUGCAGCGCAUGAACUCACACAGCGCAGGAGUGGGCUACGGGACAGACAGACGCAGGGGUCGCCAGAUCUAUUCCCGGUACCAAACACUGGAGCUGGAGAAGGAGUUCCACUUCAACCGAUACCUGACCAGGCGCAGACGCAUCGAGAUCGCCAACGCGCUUUGCCUCACCGAGCGCCAGAUCAAAAUCUGGUUCCAGAACCGGCGCAUGAAGUGGAAGAAGGAGAGCAACCUGACCUCCACGGUGCCCGGAGGGGAGUCCACGGGUGCCACGCAAGACGAGGAACGCGGUGCGAGUGGAGGAGCCGUGGAAGAAUGCAAGGAAGAGGAUGACAAGAAGAAGGAAUAGUUGAAGAGACUUUAAAAAAAAAAAAUAAAGAAGAACCCCAACAUUACUACCUAAAAAUGGAGCUGAAAGGGACGACACUGCAUGGCAACCCCCCCCCGCCCCCCCCCCUCAUUUAUGUCAUACCACAGGGGUGUUGAGCUUUAAAAAAUCCACAUCAUUUCAGCCACGUUAUGAAUCCUGUGACUUAUGGAUCACACUUUUAUGUUUUUUUACCUUGUCGUUGCCACACUUGUAUUGUGCAAAUAAUAAAAAAAACAAAGUAUUACUUAAUUAAUUAAUGAAUUAAUUCCUACUUUUAUUCCCAAUGCCAGUAUGAACUAUUUAUCCCACAUGCAGCCCACGCACCACUGUGAAGUCUCCGCUCACCAAAUACAGUGUUAUGUUAUCUUAGUCUAUACAUUCCACGGAAGGAAGGAAAGAAGGAAUCGGACCCUUAAUUUGGUCACAGUGUCAUUUACUACUUGAAU